CGAAGAUGAAGAUCCUAUGGCGAAUCGUGCGGAGCAAGGCGUGGUUGGUCCUGACGCCAACUCGUCUAGUGAAGAAGAUGGCAAACACGACUUGCCCCGCUUGGCUGCUGACUUGAGUCUUCUCAAUCGUGAAUUGCUUAAUGAGUUUUACCAAUUUGCAGCUGAGAAUCCGUCUGGACAUCGUGCGGGGGACAUCAUUGAAGAAGCCUUGGCCGAAACGAGAGGUAACAGUUCUAUUGUCGACGUACACGCAGCAAGGCUGAGAGGAGGAGGUUUUUCUGGAGAACGAGCUCCUUCGGUCUACGAGGUGGGCGGUCCAUUGACGAAUUCCUCCGCAUGGGAUGACGAGGAUGAGGGCGGACUCAGAGCCAACAACUUUCGCAGAACUUUGGCUUCCAACUACUUGUUUGGGAGAGAACAGAAAAAGACCCCAGUGUACUCCACUCUCAACGGAACAAACGGAAACGGUAUCAACGGCACCAACGCCAAUAGAAAAAAGAAUAGUACAACUCCAGAAGACUUGUUUCGUGCCUCCUUUGCCGCAAGUUUUCCGCAUAUGACCGAGGAACAGUUGAGCGAACUCCGUCCUUCCAUGUGGAAAGAGGCGAAUGAAAACUUCGAUCCGGAAAGAUCUCUUUUUCGCCGUUGGCGUGCGGAAAGUGUCAAAUCCAGUGAAAAAUUGGAAGCGCAAAGGCUGCUGUUGUUUCAAUUGGACAUUCAACGAAGACAAGAAAUCGAACAUUCGAAUUUUGCGGGUCCUGGUGGAAAUGCUGGCUUAGUCCUUGGCGAUGGAGAAGGAGAUGGAAACGAAGAGAUCUUCCAAGGCCUUUCUUCGACCCGCGGUUUGGAUUCCCCCUUAGCAGCACGUAAAGAAUCCCUACUCUUUCCUGGCGUAGAGGGGUCUACGACUGUUGACCAAGAAGACGACAUGCCACCGCCUCCUCUCGACGAUAUGUAUGCACUGGGCACACAAGCUAUGCAGGCUCAACAAGAACAACAGCAGGAGCGGCACCAAGCUCAAUUGUCACCGCGAACAGCUGGCGCGAUUGCCGUGUCUCAUUUUCCCUCCGGAGACGUUCUGUUUGGCGAUGACGAUGUUGGGGCGCCGAAAGUUCAGUUUACGCUGGCUCAGAUGCGCGAUCACAUGAAUGGCAUGCUGGCUAGUCCUAGCAAACCUCUCCCAGAUAUCGAUGCUCUAGAAAGUCAUUACAUUUUUGGCAGUAAAAAUACUGCGCUGGAUGGGCAGCAGGGGUCGCCUGUCCAGGUGACGACGCGUGAACUUCGUUCUGAGCUGACUGACGCGCCCUAUCAUGCUUUUGGGAAUAUGAACUACGCGGCCGAGGUAGCUCUGCAGGCAGAACUAUUGAAGAGUCCGCUGAUGACGAAGAUGGCAAGUGCGACAGUCUCGGACGAAUUGUUGAAAAAAGCUGCACCGGAAAAGUACACUCCCGCGGACUGGGUGUACGCGGAUUUCUUAGAUGCAUUGGAUAAUGGCAAACCGAUUGACGGCUUAUUCACAGAGUUCAUGGCGCAGCCACAUGAAGACCCCAAAGCGGAGGAGCGCCGGUCACGCCGUGAGAGCAAGGCAGCAGCAGAACAGCUAACGGAGUGGCACAGUCAGGGGGUACAUGAAACGAAAAGUGUGCCCAGAGCUUCUUCAGCUGCGGCACGGAAUAAAGAUGCUAAGACCGAUGGUGCAGGAAUUACUGCUGAUGGUACUAGUGCAGGAACUGCUACAUUACCACUAGGUCCUGAUGAUGCUCCAACAGUUGUGUCUGGAAUCGCUUUUGCACGUGAUUCCUACGCCACUAAAGCAAAAGCGGCCCUUAUGGGUACUUCCGCAGCUACUAAAGGAGACCAACUAGUUCCCGGAUUUCCAGCUACCUCCAAACAACAAAGAUUUGUGAAUUUGAAAGUGAAGCAAGAAGGGGAGCAAGCCGAUUUGGUCGUAGAAGAGGGGCCAAUCGUAUUGGAGGCUGCACAUCCGGGAAGCAAGGAAAGUUAUGGGUACCGUGGUCAACCCAUCUUUUACGUCAUCUUUUGGCCAAUUCCUUGUUGGAAUAGGCUAAAAGAUGUCCUAAAAGAUGGGCUGUCGGUACCUCUAAGAAAGGCAAGAAAUGUUGCAUGAUCAUCAUCCAGUGCCUAGAGAACCGCGUGUGCACCCUAGAGCCCAUCCACGUAUACAUCCUAAGAAAGAGGGCGAAAGUGCACCUCCACCCGGCGCUCCUGCAGGUACUACUAUUUCUGAAGCUUCUUCUGCCGUAAUAGCAGCAUUAAGGCCGCUACAAGAAAUCUCCCAUUUUCAGAGGCAUCUUGGUCCCGUUUUUAGAGGGAAAAGGAGGCCCAAAAUGCUGCUGAAGAUGGAUGUUUCUUAGUUCUAAUAGUACCAGGAGGAACUGACAGCAAUACAGAUGGCCAAGCUGUUGUAGAAGGAGAAGAAGGUGGAACUUCAGAGACUUCAGUGGCUCCUGGUGAUUCUCUGGCUCCUCCUCCGACAGGUGGAGGUGCCGCUUCCACCAUUGAUAAUACCAACUUGGACAUGUUGGCCAGCAACUUGUUAGGUAAGCGUGGUGGACUAAAAGCAACGAAGAAGAGGGCCUCACUCCGACCCUCCGAUCUGUCGUUGCUACCAGCAGACCUGUUCAAGAAAGGCGAAGAAGCAAAAGCAGGUCAAAGAGAGGCUCAAGAAAAGGAAGAAGGAAGGAACAAUACUUCUAGUAGUGCUGGUACUGCCACUAGUGGUACCACCUCUGCCACAGCUACUACAACAUUCCCAGCACCUCCUCUCUUCAUGGUCGAAAGCAAAUCUCCUUCAUCGGCGAUUGAUGAUGACCAUUUAUCCCUGGUCGAAGAUCCUACCCUGCUAUUUGGCUACAGCUCUGUCGGGGGCAGUCCCUCCACUGGUCUCGCGACGCCAGUUCUGUUCGCUUCCAGUCCGUCUUUAGCCACGAUGUUGAAAAAUCCAGAGAUGAAUGGAGAAAGCGUAGGAGAAAUAGGGCGAGCAUAUAAUCUGGAGGAUGUGAAUGCCGAAGCGCCUUCCAGCUUCUCCGGCGGAGGUUCUAUCAGUGGGAUUUACAGUAACACUAAGGAGAGUACAUUGGCCAACGCUCUUCUAUUGGGAAUCGCUAGUACAAAUAGGAGCAACAACUGCAGAAGUGGUACUAGCAAUAGCGGUACUUCUUCACGCAAUGGCAGUGGUAAGGGUGCGACUCCUGUUGCAUCUCCUGUUACGUCCACUGCUCUUGUUCCACUUCCACAGUCUCAAGGAACGAAGACAGCGUCUUUCGGUAGUGUCGAGAAGCCCGAUUGGUGGUGGGGAACAAGUGGCAAGGGUUGUCGUAUGGUGAAUCAGGCGUCUGUAGAAGCCGUGUUACCCUCUGUUGACACUCUUCUGGUGGAGAAGCGCCAGAAAGAUGAAAUUGCAACAGGUCGUGGUGCUUGGAACAUGCUAGACCGUAUCUUGAUCGGACCUGAGUCCGACAAAACCGCUGCCCCAAAGCCGAAAACACCAGAUGAAACUGGUGUUUUAAUACCUCAAACGAUUUCAGGAGAGGAAGAAGCCAAUUUUCUAGUAGAAGCCGAACAUCAACGAUCUGAAGGACGCACUUCAACCGGUAGAGCGUCUCUUUCAUCAGGUGGAACAAGUGCUACCAGGGAUGGUGGAUCAUCUAAGAGUGGACUGCUUGUAGAUGAAGUAGUCCCUGUGGUGGUUGCAGAAACACCACAGUCCAGCUUAUAUGGUGGGGAAGGAGAAGCGAUGGAGGAAGAGGAUGCUGCACAGGAGAAUCUUAAUAUUAACACUCUUCUUGUUCAUCUAGAGCAGGGACAAGAUUCCUCAAGCUUGGCUGAGGACGAAACGGACAAUGCCUCGAUUUAUGCUGGUAGUGCAUCGUCGGGUUCCCGGUUUGCGUUUUACGCUGCUGCCCUAGAAUCACCGCGUGGGCACGACGAGGCCUUUUCGUUGGAUGGUAGUCUCAUGUUGGAUGCGAGCUUAGCUGGCACUUGGAAUGUCAUGUCAGGAGCCCAGUCGGAUGGGGGAGCAGGACCGAAAAAAGUGAAUUCAUCAAGUAGAACAUGGGAGAUGAGCCAGGACGUCGAGCACGACGGUCGUGAAGUAAAUCGCGAUGGUGAAGAGAAGGAGUUAACUUUUUCUAGGCGCGGUGAAGAAGAUGUUGCUGCUGUUGCAGAGGAGGAGUCAGAGGCAGUGUCGAUUUUCUCAUUGUCCUCCUCAGUUAGAGGUGGUGCUCAUUCCUUGUCUUCUUCCACGCAAAUUGCAGCAAAGGGGGUUGAAGAUGAGCCAGAUCCUCAUGAUGGAGGUUUUACUCCAGCAGCAGAAGUAAAAGUAGCUUCCACGGGGCCACCAAGAGCUGGGCCUCCAAUUGCCAGACCUGAAGGCGAGGCCUACGCGCAACAGCAGGCUCUGGGGUAUGACACGGACGAAGACGCCUUUUUCAUCCCGAGUAGUGAUAGCGGUAUCGAUGGCGCCUACAACACUGCUGAAUCACUAGCCAAUGUUCUCGCUACGUCCUCGGAUCGGAAUGUCAGCAUUAUCAUGAAAGAGGAUGCGGCGUCUGUGUAUGCAGCUGAGAGUGUAGUAGUUGAGAGUGUGGUAGUUGGAGGCAGCGAUCCUCGAAUCGUGAUGGCC